UAAACUCCUCUUGCUUUUUACUCAAGCGCCCAUGACCUGGCAGCUAAUUUUAUACCAGGCUGGAUCACAUCCUGUAGGGCCUCCUACAUGUGGGCAGGAGCCUGCUCUCCCACCCAGUGGGCUCUGCCAGGGUAACACCUACUGUGCCAGGCAGGAUGUGCCUCUCUCUUUAAAUGGCUGCCGAGCACCAGCCGCUGUAUGAUUUCCUUGUUAGCACACAUAUCCGGCGUCAUCUGGAGCUAUAUAUAAACGACUAAGAAAUAAAAUCAAUGCCUGAAGACAGGUCAAGCUCAACAGGGUCAUCCUAUGAAACAAGUACAACUACAACAGAGCUCCCCAGCCAAGACAGCGCUGAGUCUAGCACAAGGACCAGCACUGCAGCACUGGAGGAAACCAGCACUGCAACAACCACCACCCUCCUGGAGACCAGCACAACAACAGAGGGCCGCAGUCUGGGGAAAGACAUUGCAGCUUUGGACUGGUGUUACUUGUCCCUUGCUCUAGUAGGCCUGAUAGCCAGCGGUUUCAUUCUCUACAGCUACCUUAAGUCCUACAGAACUGGAUGCACCUUCAGAAAACUGGACAUCCUUGUUGGUGCCCUUUCCAUUUCAGACUCUUUCAUCAUUCUUUACUCCAUCCCCACCAUUCUGUUGCCCUACUCGAAGAUCACUAACCCGAGCUGUGCCGUGUUUUCCUUCUUCUUCAACUUUGCCUAUUUGAACGCCCAGUUUCUUCAUGUUCUCGUGGGGUGUUUUCUGAAGUGGGAGGAGAGUCGCGCCAGAGUAGCUCUGGUGAGGAAGGCCGUGGGCCAUCCUGCCGUGUGCGUGGCUCUGUCAGCUCUCGCCGCCUUCCUCUGCUCCGUGCUGAUAACGGGGCUUCUGGGGACACACGAGGGGAUCCAUCAGAACAUCGCCUGCCAACUGGAUCCGCCUGAAGCCUCGCCCCAGUAUGACAUAGCCAAAUUCAGCCUUGGAUUUCUGCUUCCCUAUCUCCUUCUGAUGGGCUUCCUCAUCACCUGCUGUGUCGUGUGGAUAAGAGACAAAGUGAGCUUCCCUUCCAGGCUUAAGGCUUGUUCAGGGAUCCUGGCAGUAGGCCUUACUGCUUUCUGCAGCAGACUGGUCUACAAUUCUAUCCUGGUCCACAGAAGUGGCCUGAAAUCGGACACAGGUGAGGGUUCACUCUGGAAGCAGGCCCUGACGCACAGUGCAGAGCUUGUGCUCUUCUCCGCCUGCUGCCUCGAGCUGGUGCUCCUCGUCUUCCUCUGCCAGCCGUGCCAGGAUGCCCGGAGGGACGUGGUGAGGCACCUCCAGCACUGCUGCCAGAGCAUCAGCAGACGGGAGGCCAACCGGAACAUCAUGGAGCCCCACAUUGAAAUAGGAAAAGAUGACCCAAUAUCGCUGAAUUCAGACAACCAGGAGAGCUGAGAUACUGCAAGAGCCUCUUCUCCAUCCCAGCAUGAAUGAUCAUUAACAAACAGGACUGUUAACUAAGGGAAGAACCUCGCCCGUUGCGUAAAGGCACAUUCAGAGGUAGAUGCAAGGCUUUAGAAGCAAAAACCAACAGCUCUGUUUGCUUCCUCCAUGGCCACAUCAAACUGUUCAGCAGAAUGAAUGACAUUUUUCAAUCUAGUCUUCCGAGACAUGAUAAAGGCUCACAUUAAAAACUGCAGCAAGAAAAAACUUUUUGCUUCCAAUCUGCAAUGCAGGGUAUCAAAGAACAAAGAACAAAAUUGUUUUUUUUUUAAAACACCUUUUAAAAAUUAAGUGGCCUUCCACCUAGAGCCAGAAAAAAACGACAGUUUUACAAAACAGCAUAUCCCCAUUCCUUGCACUGUUGGAAACAGCAUUCAGGUUCAGUAGUUUAACUCACAUGUAUCUCACAGUUACAAGCAAUCCAGAAUCACUAGCCUUGGUCUGAAUAACACUGUAGCUUUAUUAUUAUUAUUAUUAUUAUUAAUAUUUUGCAUUGGGAAAGCAGAUGUUCUAAACUGAAAUAAAACAGCAGUUCAACAAAACCAGAAACAGGAGAGCCUGCAAUUAAAAAUAAAAAAAGUUCUGCAUUUCAGGAGACCAGAGCUCAGAUAAUUUCUUCAAGCAUCACUCAGGAGACAGGCACGUAUGUAAAGUUAACUUCAAGUGUACUGGAGCGUGUACGAUGCGAUCUUCUAAAAAGAAAUUAAAAGGCUGAUGUGCAAGUAAAUGAGUUAAUCCUCAUAACCCACCCCCUUUUCUUUUUGACUUUGCACAACAGGAGAAAUAAUAUUACAAACUAUUCUAGACUGAAUGCAGACUCGACUGCUCCAUUCAUCCAUGCUUUGAAAUAGAGGGCAAGUUAUUGGGGACUAUCCGUUCCAAUGACCCAACGAGUUCACUGCAGUGCAGCACAGCAAUGGCGCCCAACUGCUUGACUUUUCACCUCUCCAGAGCAAUUCCAGCGUAGCCUAAUGUCAUUGGAUUUGAACAAAAAGCAUGGAGCAACUCUGGACAUCUGUUUUCAACAGCUGCAGAAGUGCAUGAUCAGAAAGUCAAUGUAAAUAAGGGAAAUUAAUCACGAGGUAACCAAUAAUUAAAAGUCCAUUUUACUUUUGAUGCUCACAUUCAGUAUUAAAACUAAGAAAGCUUGUGUUUCUGUUCGUUCUCAGAGGGGCAAACAUCCCAUUUGAAAUUCUUUCCUGCAAAGUCGAAAGUUCAUUUCAGUCGCACAAGUCUCACAAUACACCAAGAAUUUCUAGAAAUGUCAGGUCUUCCUGACUAUUUAGGACACAAGAGCUAAAAUAAUGAAUGAAAAGUCCUCCGUUGUGACAGCGUCUCUGUGGUGGGUUAGGAACCAGGAACUGGUUUUUCGUAGUAGGAGCACGGCUCUGGCUUCAGUGCGUCUGUGGAUCCAGGAAGCAUCUCGCAGUUGAGAAAAGAGGGGUUGAAAGAGAGAGGACGCCAAUCCGGACCAGGUGACUGUCUGAUCAAAUCAGAGCCGAGCAGGAACACGGGGGGCAAUUUCUGUGCUUUGAGAGCAGGAGCUCCUCAUUUGACUCCCUGUUUGAGCGGCCAAGGAAAUUUGCAUUUCGUCAGAAACUGGCCAGGAUCACCACAGGAGCACCAACUGCACAACGCUGGCCUCCCACAGCACUUCAGCGCUUGCACUUGGGAAUUUAGUGCUUGGUAAAACUCCUAGCAUGGCCAUGCCAUCCACAAUACUUACUGUAUUUUUUUUAAUAAAAUAUGACAAUAUAUUUAACAUUU